GUGUGUGUGUGUGUGUGAUCUGCCAGGACUGCCCUGCUCUGACUUUGGGACUCGAGCCCUGUAGCUAUGAACAACGGAAUCUGCGUGUGUGUGUUCCUUGCUGUUCUCUCCUCAGGCUGCGUUGGCAGACUGGCUGAUGGUUCGGACUAUGGUAGUCCAAUAGCUAGCGAGGUUGAGGAAAACCUCACCAUGCAACAGAAGCAAACUCGGGAAACCCAAUCUCUUGACCAUCUGAAACCAUUCCAGAUGGGAAGGUUCAACAAAGAGGAAAAACCCAACUUGGGAGGUCUUCUCACAAGAUACCUUCAGCAAGUUAGGAAAGGUUCUUUGGCAAAAAAUGCCCUUGCUGGAAACAAAUCGCAGAAGGUGGAUAACUCCCAUAGGCUAAGUGACAGGGAUUACAUGGGCUGGAUGGACUUUGGUCGACGCAGUGCUGAAGAGUAUGAAUAUUUGUCAUAAAAAGUACAAAUCAAUAUGCUCUAAUUGCUGUAUAAAAGAGGAACUUUAAUUUGGUGUCUUAAUUUUUAGUGUUUAAAAAUGAUCUAUUUAUUAUGCCAUUCAAUGUAAAUUUGUUUCUAAGAUUGUAUGAUGGAAUAUACAAACUCGGACUUUUACGGAAUAGUCUUUGUCUCAAACCAGUUUCUUAUCAAUACUAAUGACAUUAAAAUAAUUUAAAAUAUCUCAUUCUGUCAACCUUGAGUUGUUUAGUAUGUCACAAUAAAAGAAAGCAGAACAGAAACUUGGUUUUAUCUU